AUGGCUUUCAGAGGGUGGCGGAUUUCACCGUCGUUGUCUGUACUCCAUCAGCUCAUAGCUCAUUCUGCCACGGCCCCUAAAACUAACUCAAACACGAAACUUCCGAAGAUGAACCUGGGAAUAUACGCCGUUGUUGCUAUCACCACGAUGUUCGCCACUGCAAUCAAUGCGCAGCCACUCUGCCCAGCGCAAGGGUGUGCUUACCUCUACUCGCAAUCAAAUUUUGAGACCAGCCAGUGCUGCCAGAAGCAAAAUAUGGACUUUAACGAAUGCUGCAAGGCCAGUUGCAUCCCCAUGCUGAGGUGA